AUGCUGUGCCACCUCGCGGGGCUCGCACUCGUGCCUCCGCGCGCGCCGACGCUCGCGCCGCGGCGAGGCUGGCAGCGGUCGGCUGUCGCGUCCUCCGUGAGGCCGCCGCCGCUGCCCGACGACCGGCCGGGGCUGCCGCCGCCGACUGAGGAGGGCGGCGUGCUCGCGCAGAUCCUUCCCAUCUCGCUGCUGCUCGAGUCGCAAGAGGCGGACCGCGCUGGCGACCUGGCGGUGGGAGAGGACGCCGGAGCCUUUGCGUGGCGAAACGAGCGGUGGGGGCAGGUGAUCGAGGACGGCGGCGAGGUUGGGCGCGACUGGCUCACCUUUUUCGCGGCGGUCGGCACAAUCAUGUCGGCGCUGGUCGUGCUGUGGAUCUACUCGCCGACGGGGUACGGCGACGACUUUCUGGCGGCGCUCGAGGCGGCGUGUGGCGGCAACUCCCACCUCGUCACUCUCGCCUUCGGGAUCCUCUUCCCCCUCGUCCACUCUGGCCUCGCCGGCCUCCGCCCGUACGCGUCGCGGGUCACGGGCGAGCGGCUGUGGCGAGUCCUCUUUGCGUCGUGCUCGCUGCCGCUCGCCUACUCGUGGAUCGUCUACUUCAUCUCGCACGCGCACGACGGCGUCGUCUGGUGGAACGGAGAGGCGUCUCCCGUUGCGCACGCCGUCGCCUGGUGCGCGUCCUUCUCCUCCUUCUUCCUCCUCUACCCGUCAGUCUUCAACCUCAAGGAGGUUGCCGCGGUCGAGAAGCCGCGCCUCCACCUCUGGGAGACCGGAGUCAUUCGGAUCACCCGCCACCCGCAGAUGGUCGGGCAGCUGCUGUGGUCCGCCGCCCACUUGUCGAUGGUCGGCUCAUCCUUCACCGCCCUCACCAUGGCCCUCCUUGUCGGGCACCACCUCUUUGCGGUGUGGCACGGCGACCGGCGGCUGGAGGCGGAGCACGGGGACGCGUUCCGCGCCGUCAAGGAGCGCACCUCCGUCUGGCCCUUCCUCGCCAUCCUGGACGGCAGGCAGACCCUCCCGCCCGACUACUACAAGGAGCUCGUGCGCGCGCCCUAUGUGCUGAUUGCCGCCGGCACCCUCGCCGCCUACAAGGCCCACCCGUACAUGCAGGCCGGCGCCGCCCUCGUGCGGAACACCGGUCUCGUCCCGGGCGGUGUCCUCGAUGGCCUGCUGGGCGAGACGCUCCUCGUCUACUACCCGCUCUGCCACUGGGUGUGGGGCGGCGGCUGGCUGGCCCGGCUCGGCGUGUGCGACUUUGCGGGCGGCAUCGUCAUCCACACCUCCGCCGGAGUCGCCUCGCUCGUGACGGCGCUUCGGCUCGGACCGCGCGUGGGCUUUGCCGGCCUUGCCUCCCACUCGCUCGCUCCUCACAAUUUUCCGAUGGCCGCCACGGGCGCCGGGCUGCUGUGGGUUGGCUGGUUCGCCUUCAACGGGGGCAGCGCGCUCGCGGUGGGCAGCCUCGCGGCGAGCGCACUGCUGUCCAUGCACGUCGCCGGCGCCGGCGGCGCGCUGGAGUAUCUCCGCAUUGACGAUGCGCUCGACGUCACCUCGAUCCACGGCGUGACGGGCGUGGUGGGCUCGCUGCUCCUUGGAGUGUACGCCUCGAGCGAGGUCAAUCCGGCUGGCCCGGACGGCUCGCUCGACCAACUAAGGCUGCAGGCGCUCGGCGUGGCGGCUGAGGAGCUGGACGGGCUCGACCGCUCGCAGCACGCAGAGAGUUCGUACCUCGACCUCGCCGCCUUUGUCAAGCACGCAACGCCCACCACCGACGAGCUGUUUGAAGGGGCCGAUCUUGCGCUGGGCGAGGUCUCGCCCGCGAAGCGGAGGAGCGGCCAGAGCCUCUCGGUGCGCCUGGCCCGCGUAGAGAUCGCCGAGGCGGCGAUGGUGUGA